CACUUUUUGUUGUAGCGUGCGUAUUUCCGACGGCGCCUGAAGGCAGCAUGAUUCGGUGGCUGCUGAGCUGAUCUUUGUGCGGUCGCAGUUAGCAACGGACAGCAAACACACAUACACACACAUACACACACAGAGGAGCGCGAGACGGCGGAGGAGCCAGCUUUGGGGCCCGAAAACUCACCCAUACAACGAUUACACUGUGACAGCGACGGCCUUAAAAUGGUCAUCUGGUGAGGUGUACCAAAUCUUUUAGGUGGAGGAGUGGCAGACAGCGCCACCCAGGCGUGCAGAGUGGGACUGCAUCCCGUCUCGCAGUCGACGACCAGCAUCCCGAAGCGCCGCCGCCGCCGCCCGAUGGCCCGCGCGCUCUGAGAGCAGAGAGAGCCGGGACAGAAACCAGAAGCGAGGAGAAAGGAGCCGGGGGGGAGCACGCCCACCGGAGCAGGAAAGGGAGGGCGUUGUUCGGCCGGGAGAGGAGAGGACGCGGGGCGCCACGAUGUCGUCGAACAGGACCCAGAACCCCCACGGACUGAAACAGAUAGGCCUGGACCAGAUAUGGGACGACCUGCGGGCGGGCAUCCAGCAGGUGUACACACGGCAAAGCAUGGCCAAGUCGCGGUACAUGGAACUCUACACACAUGUAUAUAACUACUGUACCAGCGUGCACCAGUCGAGCCAGGGCCGGGGCUCCGUCCCUCCGGCCAAGCCCUCCAAAAAGUCCACCACUCCGGGGGGGGCUCAGUUUGUAGGCCUGGAGCUCUACAAGCGACUCAAAGAGUUCCUGAAGAACUAUCUGACCAGCCUGCUCAAGGAUGGCGAGGAUCUGAUGGACGAGUGCGUGUUGAAGUUUUACACCCAGCAGUGGGAGGACUACCGCUUCUCCAGCAAGGUCCUCAACGGGAUCUGCGCCUACCUCAACCGCCACUGGGUCAGACGAGAGUGUGACGAGGGACGCAAAGGAAUCUACGAGAUCUACUCGCUGGCACUUGUGACCUGGAGGGAGUGUUUAUUCCGACCCCUCAACAAACAGGUAACAAACGCUGUGCUGAAGCUGAUAGAGCGAGAGAGGAAUGGGGAGACCAUUAACACCAGACUGAUCAGCGGUGUGGUCCAGUCCUAUGAUGAGAUAACGACUGUAUGUUUGUGUCUAUUUCCUGAGGCGGAGGCUCGUCUGCUGGAGGAGCAGCGGCGUGUGCAGGUCUACCUCCACGAAUCCACUCAGGACGAGCUGGCCAGGAAGUGUGAGCAAGUGCUCAUAGAGAAACAUCUGGAGAUCUUCCACACCGAGUUUCAGAACCUCCUGGAUGCCGACAAGAAUGAAGACCUGGGCCGGAUGUACAACCUGGUGUCGCGGAUCACAGACGGUCUCGGGGAACUGAAGAAACUUCUAGAGACUCACAUCCACAACCAGGGCCUGGCCGCCAUCGAGAAGUGUGGAGAGGCCGCGCUCAACGACCCCAAAGUAUACGUCCAGACCACCCUGGACGUCCAUAAGAAGUACAACGCCUUGGUCAUGUCCGCCUUCAACAACGACGCCGGCUUCGUGGCAGCGCUCGAUAAGGCAUGUGGUCGCUUCAUCAACAACAACGCCGUCACCAGGAUGGCUCAGUCGUCCAGCAAAUCCCCCGAGCUGCUGGCCAGAUACUGCGAUUCUUUACUGAAGAAGAGCUCUAAAAACCCGGAGGAGGCAGAGUUGGAGGACACACUCAACCAAGUGAUGGUUGUGUUCAAAUACAUCGAGGACAAAGAUGUUUUCCAGAAGUUUUAUGCGAAGAUGCUGGCCAAGCGUCUGGUCCACCAGAACAGCGCCAGCGACGACGCCGAGGCCAGCAUGAUCUCCAAACUCAAGCAAGCGUGCGGCUUUGAGUACACGUCCAAACUGCAGCGCAUGUUCCAGGACAUCGGAGUCAGUAAAGACCUGAACGAGCAGUUCAAGAAACACCUGACCAACUCGGAGCCUCUGGACUUGGACUUCAGUAUCCAGGUUCUCAGCUCUGGGUCUUGGCCUUUCCAGCAGUCCUGCACCUUCGCUCUGCCCUCCGAGCUGGAGCGAAGCUACCAGCGAUUCACCGCGUUUUACGCCAGCAGACACAGCGGCAGGAAGCUGACUUGGCUCUAUCACCUGUCCAAAGGAGAGCUGGUCACCAACUGCUUCAAGAACAGGUACACGCUGCAGGCCUCAACCUUCCAGAUGGCCAUCCUGCUGCAGUACAACACGGAGGACAGCUACACCGUCCAGCAGCUCACUGACAGCACGCAGAUCAAAACGGUGAGCAACAUGAAAAAACACACACUCACUCUGAUGAAGCUUAAAGACUUCAGGAGAUUUAAAUAA